GGCCGAGCACGCAAAUGUCAAUGGGGAAAACAAAAAACCCAUAUGUGAAAAAAGUCCCGCUCUAAACUCAAAAAGUAUUGUUUAUGUAUAUCCUAUUUUUUAUAUAAAUUUGAUAACAUUUAAAUUAAUAUGAGUCAGACAAAAUCAAACAAGUCUUCGGUGUUCAAAAAACAAUUAUCGUUGAGUUCGUUCUUAGACGGAAACACGACACGUUCAGGUUCCAUAAAUAGUGAUACCGGGCAGAUAUCGACUGAACAGAAAAAUACAAUUGUUGAAGGUUCAUUACAGUCAUUUAGAGGGGUUAAAAAUGUUGAUAUAAAUAACAAAAGUUGUAAAAAUCUUGCUUAUGCACCUGUGCGGAAACAGCAAACAACAAAAAUGUUGAAUCCAAUAUUUGUGGAUUCCUCGAGUGAAGACGAGAACGACGACGAGAGUCAUACAAAUUGUACCAAGAUCAACAAUACUGGUGUAACGAGGGCAAUUGUACAUCGUUAUACAUUUGAUGACUGCAGUCAAUCACCAAUUGCCCCCUUGGAAAAUAAAAAGAACACAAAAACCGACAACAGUAUAAUAAAACCAAUAUCUAAUGGUUACAGCAUUUAUUCGAAUAAAAAGGAAAAAUAUUCCGAUAAAAUAGAUGAACACAAAAACAUAUAUCAAGAAAAGGAUUAUAAAAAUGGAUCGAAGGAAUGCAUUGAUGGACAAAGUAAUGCAAUAAAUGGCCAAAAGAAACAUGGUGACGGAAUGUCGAAUGGCUUCGAUGACGGGUCUAUGUAUGAAGUUAGAUCCAACCAUUCGAGUAAGGAAUCACCUCCGAAAAAAAUAAUUUCACCUUCCGAUACUAAGAAAACUCCUUUAUAUCGUGAGUAUGCAAUUUCUGACGCCAUUCAAAAAAGUAAAGAGAAUGAAACUGUUGCAAGAAAGCCAAAAAUUACUAUUGAUACAGCGCUAUCUGAUCAAUUGAAUAUGAUCGAACAAGAUUCGACGUUUAAAAUAUGUACAAAAGACGCCACAGAUUUGGAGCUUAAAGCAAGUAGUACUUUCUACAAAUCUUCUUAUUAUGACUUAUUGGAAAAAUUUGCUCAAAUUAUUGAUCAGGUGCCUGUAAACUAUUUCGAUGAUAUCGAUGGCUUUGACAAAUGCAUUUAUUUGCGUUUAAAAACAAUGCGAAAUAAAUUGAAAGCUCGUUCAAAACUUGUCCAAACAGAAUUAGAAAAACGACAAAAGCAAACACGAACUCUGCAAUCACCUGCUUUGCAUUUGGAUUACGAUGCAUUAGAGGCGGAAGAAAUGCAGAUGCGUGAAGAAUGCAAAUGGCAAACCUUGGAAAAGUCUCCAACAAACACACCUCAAAGCAUUUAUAGUAAUGUAUCGAUUACACCAUCCUCAUCAAGUGUUUCCAAAACACCUGAUUAUCACAAAAAUGAAGCAAUAUUGACCAUCGAUGAUACUGACGAAGAAGAUUUGCAAAAAACUUAUUUGACACAAGCUGCCGCUUUGGAUGACGAAGAAACGGAAAAAUCCAUUUCACAAAAUUCGAAACCAGAUGAAGAUGAACUGGAGGCUUUACUAGCAGAUAUAAAGGAUCAUGAUAAUUUACUACGUGGGUGCAAAUCAAAUUACAACAAUUACUCGUAUAAAGAUUUUGAAGACAAAGCUACGCCGAAACAAUUAACAAAUGCUAAAGCGGUAGCCGCUCCGGCGGCAGAAAUAUCGCCAGAAGACUUGCAGCAAUGGUCAACACAAACUGACGAUGAUGGAUGGCAAGUUUACGAUCCUGAAAAAUUUGAAAUAGCUGCUUCACAAGCUAUAUUGCUCGAUUCGCCAGUUUCAAAAUCGUCUAUCCCCAAUAAAAGUUCUGUUGUGCCGAUAACGAAUAUUACGCUUAGUGAGGAUGAAUGUGAUGACAUGCCAUCAACAAGUGCUGCAAGUAUGCGGAAGCUUAAUACAUCAAUUGCGACAACAUCCAAUCUAUCACCCGUGAAACCUGCGCAAAAAAUCGAUGGUAAUUUUCAUGCAGAUACACAUAAUGAUGGUAUUACCGGUGAGUUCGAUGGAACUAAAUAUACGCAUUCGCAAGCCGUCAAAGAGGCGUUGAGCAGUAACUUUGGUCUGAAGAGCUUUCGACCCAACCAAUUGCAGGUGAUCAACGCCGCAUUAUUAGGGCAUGACUGUUUUGUUUUAAUGCCUACGGGUGGUGGAAAGUCUCUUUGCUAUCAGUUACCCGCCUUACUAAGCGAAGGCGUUACAUUGGUUAUUAGUCCAUUGAAAUCCUUAAUUUUGGAUCAGGUUAAUAAGUUGGAAUCAUUAGAUAUAUAUGCGAAGAAUUUAUCUGGUACACAGACACUGCAAGAAGUGCGUGCCAUUUACUGUGAUCUGAAAACAAGCCCGCCACGUAUUAAAAUACUUUACGUUACACCCGAAAAAAUUUCAAGCUCACCACAAUUUCAAGACUUGCUUGAUGAUUUAUAUGCAAAAAAUUACAUUAGUCGCUUUGUUAUUGAUGAGGCACAUUGUGUUUCACAGUGGGGUCACGAUUUCCGGCCAGACUACAAGCGCCUCGGCAUACUGCGAAAACGUUUUCCCAAAGUGCCAACAAUGGCAUUAACCGCCACAGCUACUCCACGUGUACGCAUUGAUAUAUUACGCCAAUUAAACUUAACACACACCAAAUGGUUCCUAUCUAGUUUUAAUCGAAGCAAUUUAAAGUAUUCCGUAUUACCUAAACGCGGCGCUAGCACUUUGGAUGAAAUUAAAGCAUUUAUAAGUGCACGUCCUUCCAGCUGGUGUGGCAUAGUUUAUUGCCUGUCGCGUAAAGAAUGCGAAGAUGUGGCGAACAAAUUGCAUGCAUCUGGCAUUAAAUCGCUAGCUUAUCAUGCUGGUUUAACAGAUCCUAUGCGCGAGACACGUCAGAAGGAUUGGCUGACCGGUAAGGUUCGCGUGAUAUGUGCGACGAUAGCAUUCGGCAUGGGCAUCGAUAAGCCAGAUGUGCGUUUUGUGCUGCAUUUUUCACUGCCAAAAUCAAUUGAAGGUUAUUAUCAAGAGGCUGGACGAGCGGGUCGUGAUGGUGAUAUAGCGCAUUGUGUGCUCUAUUACAAUUACUCGGAUAUGAUGAGAAUGAAAAAGCUCUUAGAUUUGGAUAAUACCGUGGCUUUUGAUGUGAAGAAAAUACAUUUAGAUAAUUUGAAUCGUAUUGUGGGCUAUUGUGAAAAUGUUACAGAUUGUCGACGGGCACAACAGCUCGAUUACUUUGGCGAACAUUUUACCAGCGAACAAUGUCUCGAGCGACGAGAGACGGCAUGUGAUAAUUGCCUUAAGAAAAAUACUUAUCAGGAAAUAAAUGUAUUGGAGCAGUCCCGCAAAGUAGCACGUGCUGUAAAAGAAAUUUGUAGUGGCCGCUCGCGAUUCACGCUACUACAUAUAGCUGAUGUACUGAAGGGUUCCCUAAUUAAACGCAUUGUAGAAUGUGGUCAUGACAAAACGUCACAUCAUGCUAUAUUCAAAGAUUGGGACAAAUCGGAUAUACAGCGGUUGUUGCGAAAAAUGGUUUUGGAGGGAUACCUGCGUGAAGAUUUAAUAUUUUCCAAUGAUAUACCGCAAGCAUAUAUUUAUUUGGGCCCCAAAGUGCAGGCGCUAAUGCAAGAAACUAUAACAUUCAAUUUUGCUAUUUCACGCAAAGAGAGUGCAAAACGCCCACUGCCUGGAGUUAGUAACGGUAUUCCGGUUACAAAAGACAGCGCAGCUGAGGCAACACAACUACGUUCAAUCUAUGAACGUUGCUAUUCCGACCUUUUAGAUUUAUGUCGGACGAUAGCAGCGGCGCGUAGUGUUACUAUGGCUAGUAUAAUGAAUAUGCAAGCAUUAAAAGCAAUGUCAGAAGAAUUGCCAGAGUCUGAGAAGGAUAUGUUGAGCAUACCUCACGUAACAAAAGCGAAUUUUGAAAAAUACGGUGGUAAAAUGUUGGAAAUUACACGCAAUUAUGCUGCCGAAAAGCUGUGCCUUUUGAUGGAUUUGGAAGAUGCGCAUCAGCAGCAACAAUUGCAAAUAGCAAAUAAGAACAAAACAACGAAAGCGGAUACACGGCCACCAACCUUAGUUUCUGAUGAUUUCGAUGAGGACGACGGGACCGGUUGGGCAGCAGCAGCAGCUUCUCAAGGCAGUAUGAACAGCAGUGGUCGUGGAGGUAAACGUAAACGUGCUUGGCGUGGUGGCGGCGCAAAACGUGCGAAAAAAACAACAGGUUGGGCAACAAGCGGUAAAAGCCCCGCGAAACGCGGAGUCGCGAAAGGGGGAGGAGGAAGUAGUACAACGCCAAAAGCGGCGCGUCGAAAAGCUGUCGCCAGUACUAGUAUUAGAGGUCGAGGUGGGGCUAGUAAAAAUGGUAAUAAUGCUUGGUUGUGUAAAAAAUCGAGCUCUAAUGGUGUAUUCGAGUUAAUGCCACUGCCCAAAUCCAAAUAGCAAAGGAAUGUCUUAUGUACAAAAAACUUAGUUUAUAGGAUAUGUUUUAGUAUCGUUUGUAUUUUUUGUAUCAAUAAAAAAGUUAAAUUCGUUUUAUAUAAAA